AUGGUAGAGAAUAUGAAAGGUAAAAUCAGAGUGUUCUGUCGGAUCAGGCCAAUGAACCGGACCGAGAUAGCCCGAGGAGACUCCACCAUUGUGUCUCGACUAGAUGAAUAUUCCAUCACUGUGGAAACGGCACGCGGUCAACGAGAGUUCCAGUUCGACCGAAUAUUUGACACUCAAUGUUCUCAGGAAGAGGUGUUCCAAGACACUAAUAGACUCAUUCAGUCGGCCAUUGAUGGCUUCAAUGUGUGCAUCUUUGCCUAUGGGCAGACUGGUUCAGGGAAAACCUACACAAUGGUUGGAGAUAAACAUCUGAAGAACCCAGGCAUCAUCCCCCGAACAUUUAACAAGAUUUUUGACAUCAUUCACAAAAACGAGGCUAAGUUUGACAUCAAGGUCUCUGCCUACAUGCUGGAGCUGUAUAAUGAGCGCCUGCAGGACCUCUUUGUCAGCCCCGCCGAGGCAUUCAGCAAGCGGAUUGAAAUGAAGAAGGACAAAAAGGGGCUUGUGUUUGCCCAGGGAGCAGAGACAAAGCAGGCGGCCAGUCCCAGCGAGCUCUUUGCCCUGUUCGAGCAGGGCUGCGCGAACCGCCAUAUCGCCGCCACCAAGAUGAACGUGGAGAGCUCACGCUCGCACCUGAUCAUCGGCAUCAUGGUGGAGAACAGGAAUCUGACCAAUGGCACUGUGUGCUACGGCAAGCUCAGCCUGGUGGACCUGGCGGGCAGUGAACGGGCCGCUAAGACAGGGGCGAAAGACGGCCAGCUAAAGGAGGCCAACUCUAUUAACAAGUCUCUUAGCGCGCUGGGGGACGUCAUCUCGGCCCUGUCCUCAGAUCAGCCUCACGUCCCCUACCGCAACAAUAAGCUGACACAGGCCAUGCAGGACUCACUGGGGGGCAACGCCAAAACACUCAUGUUUGUCAACAUCUCUCCCUCGGACUGCAACGUGGAGGAAACGCUCACUUCGCUUAUUUAUGCUACACGGGUGAAAGCGAUCACCAAUAAUGCGCAGAGGAACAUGGACAGUAAGGAAAUUGCACAAUUGAAAGAGAUCAUUGUUAAACUCCGAUCUGGACAACCUGUGGAAGAAGAAGAUGUGCAAUGACCCCUCUCAAGAAAACACACAUGC